GCCAGAAAUAUCAAUCAGAGGAUCUUAAUGUCUCUUAAUCUGUGUAACUGUGGUUUAACAGCAACAUCACAUCAGUUUGAGACUGCAGCUGGAACAAAUACCAGCAGCCUUCAGACGUCUGCAGAAACCUGCAACUAUCAAGAAGUAAUCUUCACUUUAGCUUUCUAACUGUUGUGGAUUACAGAACUGAACACAUUUUGAGUCUCAGCCAUGUGGACACAAGAGAUAAACUUCUUCUAUUUGGCCAUCGUCUCUUGUCUGUCUGCAUCUUCAGCUGCUGAAGUGUACCUGCAGCAGCCCAGGAUCUCUGUGACAUCUCCAAAUGGAGGACUGGUCAGGGUUUAUGAAGGUGCAGAGAUCAUCAAGGGUUACAGCUUCGUCUUCACCUGCACAAAUAAUGAAAACUAUCCUGGAGGAGUUUUCAAUCUCAUCCUCUAUGGCUCCAAUAUGACACACACCAAACACACUGAGCCAUCUGUCAACAACUCAGCCUCCUUUAGUUUUCCUGUAGCUGACUUUGGACAUGAGGGCGAGUACAGAUGUGUGUAUGAGAUAACUCUGUUAGCAGGAACAUUCACUUCUCCUGAAAAUUGGACAUUCCCUUUUUCUGAAUAUUGGACAUUCCCUUCUCCUGAAUAUUGGAGGAUUCAUGUUUCUGUGAUAUAUUCAAGGACUCCAAUCCUGAGAUAUGCUUUCCUGCCACUGAUUCUGCUUUUGGAGAACAUUGCCCUUCAUUUCUACUAUAAGGUCAUCAAAAAGCAGAAAUCAGACAAAAAGCAGAACGAUGAGACGGAUGUUUCCAGAUCUGAAGAAGUGGAGGCCGAGGAGGAAACAGUCCAAGAAAUAGAAUAGAAACAUAGAAAAAAACACACAAGUCUAAAUUUUUCCGGGAAUUUGUAUUAAAGUUGUUUAAAUAUUGUUUAAUUAUGUUUAUGUUUUAAAUGUCUGACAAAUUACUGCAGCUACUCUAUUUAACCUGCCUUUAUUGUUGAGUAUAAACUCUUAAUAGCAUGACUGUGACUUAAGUUUGAAAAUAAUCCUUCAUCCUCUCCAGUCCUCACUUUCUUACAUCUUCCUCCAUCUCUGCCAGUGAAGUUUUCACACAUUAAAUUUUUUACUUCUCACUAAACUGUAUCUUUGGCUAACAGACAGAAUGUGAGUCAAUCUGCACAUAAACAUGUUUUUAUGUUUGGUGAUAUUUUUGAACUCUUUGAAUUCAUCUGCCAUUUAGUUCCUGCAUUUAUAUCAUCCUACUAUGUGGCACUAGGUAGAUGUUUCAAUAUUGUGACUGCAACUUAACUGACAGCUGCAGCAUGGAUGUAUGACAGUGAUGAGAAGGAGAAAUACAGGCAGAAAUACCCUCAGCCUCCUAGUAGAUACACCUGUGGUAUUGUUAUGACCCAGAGCUAAACAUAUAACACACACACCACUGCUCUACCUGGAUCAAUAUCAAAGCGUUACAUGUCCAAGCCUGCAUGACAGGGUGACCACAAUACUACAUCAGGCUUUUAUGGCUGGGUGACCAAGGGGUGACUUAACUGUGUCUGUGACAUCACCAGCAACAGCUUCUAGCUGGCUUAUCUAAACGUGGUGUGCAGUGUGACCAUACAAAACUGGACAAGAUGUUGCAGGAGUCAGAAACUACAGCAGAUGAACAGUUUCUGAAAGUCAUGUCAGUAAGAAACAGGAAAACAUCCAAUAAAGACCUGACACAGGACCUGAGAGACACAUUUGGCAGAUUGUCGUGGUCUUGGGUCAUGGACUCAGAGGUUUGAGUUUUAGGACUUAGAAUUCUUGUUUGUUUACUUUUUAUGCUUUGUUUUUGUUUCUCCUCCAGCAUUUUAAAAAGUACAGAUUACCUCUUCUUCUGGAACUUCUUGGUAUUUUCCUUUCGAAUUUAUGGACUUUGAUUUGUAGAC